CGACAACCACAAACGAUGCAGCCCAAAGUGUCGUCCGUACAUUUAGCCUGGAUGUACUGUUAGCUCAUGUAUUGACUCUUCCUCACACGACACCUCACAAGACGGGCUCAGACUCAGACUCAGGAAGAACCACCACACCAACACCGUGCCAGCCAGUCACUGACCCACACUGCAUUGGCAAGCCACACCACACCACACCCAUCGACGUCUCCCUCCCUCCAUCUUUCUGUCUAUCUAUGACCCCCCCGCAGCAGCAGCAGCUGCAGCCCCCGACCUGUGCAUCUCCCUCUCCCUCUCCCUCUCCCUCUCCCUCUCCCCCACACCAUUCGGACUGCCGCCGAUGCCCAGCUCUUCCUCUGGUGAGAGGAUGUAGUCGACAUCCACCAGCCGAAUGCCCUCACUCGACACGACGGGGGGCUCUGGUGGCGACACUGACAACGGCAAGUUUGCCGCUGAAGAAGGGGACGGGAGACCUGUGGGUGGGCGGUCGUCUUGGGUGGUGGCCCGUGUGACGUCUGGGCGGAGGUUGACGAGUGAGCGUUCCAGGUUCAUGCCGCUGAGGCCCAACACACCCGACCGCUGAAAUGCCCUGCAGGCAGGCAGACACAGACACAGCCAGAGAGAGGAGGAAGGAGAGUAUUGGGUUUGCUGUGGUUUGCUAUGGUGACUGACCGACUGACUGACCAUAGGCAGUAUGAGAGGGCGUUGGGUUCGAAGGAAUUGAGGUUGGGCAGGAAGUUGUCCUGGAUGGCCGCGUACCAGAAGUGCUGCGCAUAGUACUCCUGACACACACACACACACACACUCCCACGUGUCCCUCUGUCGCAGCACCUGACAGCCCGCACCCUUCCCUCACCUGUUUGGCGAACGCCCACACGAGCCCGGUGAAGUCGGUGGCCGAAAAAUGAGGCAUCAGAAUCAGCGCCUCCUGCGCCAUAUCCGUCAGCAGCUGCGGCGCCGCCGCGCCCUUGCCCUGCUUGGUAUACGCCCACAUGACGUAGGCCACCUCCUUUGGCGUAAAGGUCGACAGCUUGGCCCGCACGUAGGGCGACGCCGCCUUGAACAGCAUGUGCCUCUUGACGCCCCGCCGCGAGAAGCCCCACAGGAGGCCCAUGAGGUCCUGCGAGUUGCACUCGGGCAGCAGCGAGACAGCCCGACGCGCAGCGGCAUCGAAGAAGUCGGAGAGGUCGCCGUUGCUGAUGGUGGUGGUGGGGAUACGCGCCAGACUCCACAAAAGGUUGGACAGCUGGUGGGAACCGAAGUCUGUCGGUCUGCAGCCUCGCACAGGAUGCCCGUCUUGGUCUCUCUUUCUCUUUCUCUCUCUCUCUCUCCUUCACUGACCUUCUGAGAAAUUCGUGGACGACUGUCAUGGGUAGGCGUGUGUCCACGAGACCGAUGCGUACGGUGACCAGGAGGGCGUUGGUGAGCUGCCAAGCCGCCAGCGCAUCGGCGUGCUGGGACACCAGACGGGCCAACCUCGCGCCCACCGUACGAUGCCGGUCUGGCUCGCCCGCCCAUCAGACAGCCACACAUACGACAACACACGUGUGUCUGUGUCUGUGUCUGUGUCUGUGUGUGUGUGUCUGUGUGUGUGUUGUGAGUAGCGUACCAUUGAGCUCUUUGGGGUCCAGUGCGGCGAAUGCGGAGCAGAUGGCCGAGAGGUGUGCGAUGGUGAAUUCGUGCAGCCGCAUCACGACCACCUGUAGAGCGGGCUCACGGAACCUCGAGGGAAAGUGCUGCCAUCCACCACGCGCGCACACACACACACACAACACAGACAGACACACAGCCACUUUGAGCCAGGUCGACACAGACAGACAGACAGACAGAAAGGUGCGUAUACCUUGACUUUCUGCAGGCUCCAGAUGAGCAUGGCCAGGACGUGUGGCGAGAGGUCGAGCAGCCGUGGGUGAAAGACGUUGAUGGCAAGGUUCCAGAUGGCCCGCUCGUGCACCUGCAGCCGGCCCAGCGACAGCAGCAUUCCCGCAAAGUCGUAGUCGCUCAUCUCGCCAUUGCGAACCAAACUCUUCGUCACCUGCACACGACACACACGACAGGCGCUCUGGGUUGAUGGCAUGGCAUGGCAUGGCUGGGUGUGGUGUGGUGUGGGAGAUCAGAUCGUUAGUCUGACUGACCUCCACGAGUACGACAAACAGGGGCUCAUCGAAGACGCCAGCAGUGGCGAAGCUCCAAGCGAUGUUGGUAACAUCGUUGCCGCCGAGCUCCCGCUGCCGCCUCCGCAGCACAGUGGCCGCCCGGUGGAACAGCGGGGCCACAAGCUGCUCGUCGCUGUCGUCGGGAUCUGCGCCUGGGUCUGUGUCCCUCUGUUGGUGUGCUGUGGCCAAGGACGGCUCGGCGUCGGUCCACCUGACGCCCCGCGCAUAGCCUGACUUGCUCGUAACCCACAGCAGACGCCGAAGCUGCAUGCCAUGCAGACAGACACACAUGGAGGUCCGUCCAGUCCACACACGAAGGCCAGUGUGCUGUGCGAGGCUCCUCUUCCUCACACACACCGACCCACCCCACCUACCGUUGGGAUAUCCAUCUUGUCAAGCACGGCGAAGUCGUUUUUUGCGACGUAGCGCAAAGCCAGGUCGAGCAGACGAUCGUCCCCCUGAUGCCGACCCAGCAGCACAUAAGCGGCGAGGGUCCUCCCCAGGUGGGACAGCGGCGCCUUGGUGAUGGCCCGCCUCAGCGGCGCCUCGAGUGCGUCGAGGAUCUGGGGGCACUCAAUGGCGUGGCGGUAGAAGAGCUGCAGUAACUGGCAGACCGCCUGGGGCGGCCAGGUGCCAAACCCCUCGUCGAGCAUCCUCCGGAACAUGCUGGCGAGCAGCUGGGUGUGAGCGUCGAGGCGGCCCAUCUUGCCGAGCGAGUGGAGCACCCCCGUGUAGGUCAGUGCGCUCACAUACGUCCCCCGGUCCUCCAUAUACCCACCCAGCACCCUGCACGCGCUCUCAACUGCCGCCUCCACCCACGGCUCGUCAACAGGGACCUCCGCCAUGGCCAGGCCGUGGACGGCCCGCAUCGCCAGGAAUGGUGUGACGCCGUCGCUCUGGGGGUGCGGUCUGUCCAUGCGGCGAGUGGCGGUUUCUGCGAGGGUGCGGGUGAGGGUGUGGUUGGAGCGGCCUAUCGCUGAGAGGAUCUGGGUGAGGUGGUAGAAGCGCAGCUGGGGGGCCGCAUCAGCCACGAGGGCGUGCAGCCGGGCAAUGACCUGGUCGUCCUUAAGACUGCAUCAAUCAUCACAAAAGCAAGGGACACACAAAGGGACAGAGGCUCUCGUGUCAGAUAGGACAGGUGGCUUCCCUUCCCUUCCCUUGUGCGCUUGGUAACUUACGGCUGUGUGUUGGUGCUCUUGAUGAGCCGGAGCAAUGUCUCCUGGGUCACCAUGCUGUAUCUCCCUUCAGCAGCCGCCUGACGCUGCAGCGCGUCCAUAGCACUGACACACACAUACACGCGCACAGACACACACGCACACACACCCCGAUUUGCAGUCAUCUCAUCCACCCCAUCACUGCAGUGGUGUGGUGACGUGAGUGAGGUUACCCUACCUGUGCACGACUCCGGUUGACAGCUCGCCGAGGUCGGCCAGCUGCUCGACGGUGCUGGACAGCUCGAUGGCCGGCACCCCGCCCAGCUGGGUGCACCGCUGCAGCUGCUCGUGCAGCACGUCCCAGAACUGACACACAACACACACACACACACACAGACACCGACACACACAUAGAAACACAGAUAGAAACCCACCACACCGACCUGACUCAAGUCGGGCUGCCCGUCCUCUCGCGCGUGUAAGGGCAUCCUCUGCUGCCUCGCCAGCACGCCCGUCUGCCGCACGACUUCCCGGUGCACAUGAAGCGUCGUCAGCACCUGGUUCAGCAUGUCGAAGCCGUAGUCACGGAGCCGCCGCAAGAUGGCCGACAGAACCGCCCGCAAGACCUUGGUGUCGGCGAUGCCCGAGUCCAGGCAAACGCGCAGGAGGUUGUUGAGCUGGAAGGGCUUGAGGUAGUCGACGGCGUCGAGGGUCUUCUGCACGGGGGCGAUGAACGUGUCCUUGGUCAUGACGGUGCUGCCCGGCCGGUAGCCGGCUUUGCAGAGGGCCAGGAGGGUGAUGAGGGUUUCUGUGGCGUCCAUCGAAGGGAACUUGUAGCGCAGGCCGCGGAGGACCCAAUCCGCCAGGUCGAGCUUACGUGCAGAGGCCAAGAUGAUCGACAGGCAAUUCAACGGGUCAUCUGGUCGAUCAGCACAAGCACACAAGGCUGACUGCCUGACGCCACACCCUUCCCUCUCCCCCUCCCUCCCUCCCUCCCGCCCUCCCUACCGCUGAAGUCGAUGAGCCUCCGCUGCGCACUGGUGACCACCUUCUUGAUCCUCUCCUCCCCGCCCCCCUCGCUCCCACCGGCCACCGCCGCCUGCGCCACGCUGCUCAGCGCAUGGGGCGACAGACCAAAGACGCCAUCCGACAUUACACGCCACAGCCCGUCCUCCACCUCACACAACACGCCCUCGUCCACAUCUGCCAGAGGCUCAUCUGUCCACAGCCCGGACUCUCCUCGCGACGAUGGUGCCGGUGGCUGGAACUCUUGCUCGGCGAAGGCCUUCCACCUUAACCGGGCGACGCACUGGAGCAGCCGGGCCGACGGUGUGCCGUCUUCCGCCAGGGCGGAGUAGGUCUGCCGCACGUCAACGUCGGUAUCGUCUUGCUGAUUCGGGCCGGCGUGAUCCGUGUGCUCCUCCAGCUCCAGCCGCCGGGCCACGUGGUGCAGCACCGCCUCCAGGAGCCUCUGUGCCGGCCUGUGGUUGAGCAGCGGCCGGUUGAACGCCAGCAUCCACGCGAGCCUCGACACCUCCCUCCACACGAUGGGCUCCUGCAGCGGGAACACCUGGGUGGCCUGCUUCACCGACUCGGUCACCAUGUCCACCAGCCGCACAAACCUGGCGUCGCUGAAGGCCUUGGACGCGGCAAGCGCCUCGAACCGCACUCUUUGGCCGGCCCUGGCGGCCCUCCUGACGUCCGUCAUGGCCCGCUUAACGACCUGCAGCAGGCAGUCGACCUGAAGCGAGGGCGUGGCGAGGGAUGAGUCGUCGAUCUGCUCGAGGCAGGAGGCGACGCGGCGACGACGGCCAUGAUGCAUGGGCGGGGACAGGGGGGCGGGAGAGUGACGGGGAGAGGGAACUCCGCGAUUAUCGUCGCCUGGUAGUGGCGUGGAAGACGCAAGCAGAGGAUGUGGCCGCUUGGAGCGCCUGGUAAUGUGACGCCGCUGUUGGAUGGACAGACCAGCCGGCGGACGGAUGAAUGCUGCGCCCGCGCUCCUGCCGCUGAAGGUCCGCCUCCUCCAUUCCCUCCAGUGCGGAGCGGUUUCGCUGUCCAUGGCACUCCAGCCAUCCCUCGACAGCAGGGAGCCGAGCAGCGGAUCUCGCGAUGCAGAACGCCUGAUCCUCUGUGGGCGGGGUGAGGGGUGCUGUGGCUCCAGCAGGAUGGGCAGCUGAUACUGCUGAGGGGAGAGCAAGCCGCCGCUGCUGCCUUGAGUGAUGGCGCCGAUACCGACGGCCAUCAUCACCAUGCUGACAGCGACGUGGAGCAAGAUCAGCUGCCGCUUCAUUCAAACCAUGAGGCUGGAGAUCUGAUCCACUUCAUCA